ACAUCGUGAGCAAGCAUGGCGUCAGGCAUGUCCUACGGGGAUCCCGCCAACCCAUCUCAACUCACCUACGGGGCUCCGCAAAAUUACGGGGCUCCCCCGAACCCAUCUCCAGCUGGGGGUUACAACCCUGUUCAGUAUCAGCAGCCAGGAAUGGUAGUGACAGCUCAGCCCUCUCCGAUGUUGUGCCUCAUGCGAAUGGGUGAGAGUCCGGUGCAGAUGCAGUGUUACUUCUGUCACACCAACAUCAGGACGUCGACACGAUACAAGUUUGGCAUGUGUACCUGCAUGAGUAUGAUUCUCAUCUUCAUGCUUGGCGGAGUUUUGGGAUGUUUCCUGAUCCCAUUGUGCUUAGACAAGACCAAAGACGUCAUCCAUACUUGUCCCAACUGCCAGAACCAAAUUGGAUGCCAUCGGAAAUAAUCAGUCAGCGAAGUGGCUCCACCCGAGAGAAUAGGGGCGUAGCUCUACCCGAGAUAUGGGCGUAGCUCUAACCCGAGAUAGGAGCAUAGAUCUACCUGAGAUAUGGGCGUAGCUCUAACCCGAGACAGGGGCAUAGCUCUACCCGAGAUAGGGGCGUAGCUCUAACCCGAGAUAGGAGCAUAGAUCUACCUGAGAUAGGGGCGUAGCUCUACCCGAGAUAGGGGCGUAGCUCUACCCCGAGAUAGGGGCGUAGCUCUACCCCGAGAUAUGGCCGUUGCUCUACCCAGAGUUUGGGGCAUAGUUUUACCCGAGAUAGUGGCCUAGCGCUACCCCAAGAUAAGGGCGUAACUCUACCCGAGAUAGGGCGUAAUUCUACCCCGAAAUAACGGCGUAGCUCUAAAAAGAAUUUGGGGCGUAAUUCUACCCCGAAAUAGCAGGUUACCUCUGCCACGAAAAAGUGGAAAUAGAUCCAUGUGAACACUGUGAACUACAUAGACAGGUAUGUCAUGUGAACUAUAGUCAGAUAAUAUGGACUAGAUCAAAUUUUAAACGAUGCUCUUAAAGGAUAAGUCACUCU